GGCCGCCACGCAGGCAGGACAAUCGCCCGGGCCGCUUCUAUGUAGCGUUAAUACCUCUGCCCGGGAUGCCCAACAACAAUCGAAUAAUCACAUGAGUCAAAAUGAAUUGACUUUAAAAAAAAAACAAAAAAAAAAAAAGGAAAUUCAGUGGGCCACGUCUUGACCGUUACGGAUCAAAUAAUCUGGAAAAAGACCAAGGAACGUAGUCUCACCAGGUGCUUCAGAUCCUCCUCGCAGAGUCCCGCGUAGCGAUAGCGCUGCUGUUCAAACUCAUAGCGGGUCGUUUUGGUGACGACCGCUACUUUUUCCGGUUGAAAUCCGUCCGUCGGUUUCGUCGAAGAGUUGCCGCACGAUGACGUGUGGAGCGGGCAAACGCGCGCACUCGCCACGUGACGCAUCAACGUCACCGCAGAACGGCGAGGCAUCACUUUGGAAAUGCAAAACAAACAACAACAACAACAACAACAACCACCAAAAAACAAACAAAACAAAAACAAAAAACAACCAACGACGACGCUAAAUUAAAAGUCCCGCAAGACGCGCCCGCGUGACCCUCACGAUCGGGGCUACGAGUCGCUUUCGCACAUGUCAAUCAAGCCACCGGGAGUUGCGAGUGUCCAGUCAAGAAGUUGGGAGUAUUUGCCGAGAACCGACUUGUAAUCGUUCGCCGGUCAAUUCGCUAACAUUCGACGACAGUGGACGACAGCCCCAUCUCGCUCGCCAAGUAGUUAUCGUGCCCUUGGUCCCAGAGAGCAAGCUAGCCUUGCGUUACGAGCAGCACGAAGCUAUCGACGGCGAGCACGUUGCUUCGAAUUCGUAAGCGAGAAGGCCCGUGCUUGAUGGAACGACUGGAUUCAAUCUCAUCGCAAAUUGCGCGCAGCAGGAUGCAGCGUUUCAGAGAAGGCAUCCACAUACGCACCAUGAAGGCCAAGAGGAAAGUGGAGGAGAUCUCCAAAGAGGACAUCCGGACCUUUCUCAAAAAGAAUGCCUUUGUGCUCUUCACAGUGGGUGCAGUUGUUGUGGGAAUUAUUCUUGGAUUUGCAUUGCGUCCCUAUAAGAUGUCGUAUCGAGAGGUGAAGUACUUCUCUUUCCCUGGGGAGCUACUGAUGAGAAUGCUGCAGAUGCUUGUUCUACCCUUAUUGGUCUCCAGUCUAAUAACAGGAAUGGCAGCUUUGGACAGCAAAGCCUCCGGGAAAAUGGGCAUGAGAGCUGUGAUUUACUACAUGACCACUACUUUUAUUGCGGUCUUCAUUGGUAUCCUCAUUGUCCUUAUCAUCCACCCAGGAAAAGGUUCUAAAGAUGAGUUUGGGAAACAACAAAUGAUAGAGCAAGUCAGUCCUGCAGAUGCCUUUUUGGAUCUGAUUAGAAAUAUGUUUCCUCCGAACUUGGUCCAAGCCUGCACACAACAGUUCAAAACAAAGUAUGGAAAACGAGUCGUUCACGUGACGGUGACAGUGAACGACACCCUCUUCAAUACAACCAACGACACCCAGGAGGUCAUGGAGAUCACCCGAGAGGAAGUGAUACCGGUGCCCGGUCAGGUGAAUGGAGUAAACGCGCUGGGCUUGGUGGUCUUCUCUAUGUGUUUUGGGCUGAUAAUUGGCAACAUGAAGGAGCAAGGCCAGCUCCUGAGGGAUUUCUUUGACGGCCUCAAUGAAGCAAUCAUGCAGCUGGUUGCCAUCAUCAUGUGGUACGCUCCUAUUGGCAUCCUGUUCCUCAUUGCAGGGAAAAUAGUGGAGAUGGAUGAUCUCACACAGAUGGGUGGCCAGUUGGGCAUGUAUACUAUCACAGUUAUAAUCGGCCUCAUGAUCCAUGGCGUUCUUAUUCUUCCCACCCUGUAUUUUGCCAUCACUCGGCAGAACCCUUUCAUUUUCAUCGCUGGCCUUGUGCAAGCUCUGGUCACGGCGUUGGGCACCUCUUCGAGCUCGGCCACCCUCCCUGUCACAUUUAAAUGUCUGGAGGAGAACAACAAGAUAGACAAGCGAAUUACUCGCUUUGUGUUGCCCGUGGGUGCCACCAUCAACAUGGAUGGCACCGCUCUCUACGAAGCGCUGGCAGCCAUUUUUAUUGCCCAAGUCAACAACAUGGAGAUGAACUUUGGUCAGAUCAUCACCAUCAGUAUUACAGCAACUGCAGCGAGUAUCGGAGCUGCCGGGAUCCCACAAGCGGGCCUGGUCACGAUGGUGAUUGUAUUGACGUCUGUUGGACUUCCCACCGACGACAUUACUCUGAUCAUUGCAGUUGAUUGGUUCCUGGACCGUCUGCGUACCACCACCAACGUUUUGGGCGAUUCAAUCGGAGCCGGCAUCAUAGAGUUCCUCUCUCGACACGAGCUUCGCAGCAAGGAUGUGGAGAUGGGAAACUCUGUGCUGGAGGAGAAAGAGAGGAAGAAACCUUACAAGCUCAUCUCACAAGAUAGUGAUUUGGAAAAUGACAAACGCCGUCACAAUGAAUCAAGCAUGUAGUUUUCCCUCAACAUCUGCUUCAGCUUUUAGACGUGCAACUGAUGCAGUUUUCUUUUUUUGUUAUUCUUUUUUUAAGAGUUCUCGUGCUUCCUUUUGGUUUCCCACUACCAUUGUUUGUUUUUUU